AAAAAAGUAAUAUACUUUAGUGAAAUGCAAAUAAAGAUUGGCUGUUCGGAGUGUUAUCUUGGGUUUUGACAUUUUUAUCUGAUUUAAAACCUUUAACAUGAUUUUGUUAUUUGUGAAUUCUACAGAAUGGAAUAUAAAACUUCGUUGAACGUAACGACUUGGAGUACCACUCCCACCAGACGUUUUGUACAAGCAUGUCUGCUGUUGAUUUUGUUAUUGUUACUUUAUUGUGGUGGGUAUUUAGUGCACGAGAAACUCACGAUAAGUAACAUUCAAAGGAAAGAAGAAUCUUGCCUUUGGACAACACAUAUCGGUUUUAAUGGUGAAGACGGCGAGAAGCUAAUUCCCGGAGGAAGAUACAAACCGCUAGACUGUGAAUCUAAAAAUCCUGUAGCCGUCAUUGUUCCGUACAGAAACAGAGAAGCACAUCUAAAAAUAUUUCUGAAUCGUAUGCAUCCAUUCUUACAGCGACAAGAACUAGACUAUGGAAUAUUUGUCGUAGAAAUGCUACCUGGAGUCAAAUUUAAUCGGGCUUUGUUGAUGAACAUAGGUUUUGUAGAAUCGAGAAGACAAUAUGGCUACCAGUGCUUUAUAUUCCAUGACGUGGACCUUCUUCCAGAAAAUGACCAUAUCAGAUACACGUGCUCUUCAAGUCCAACUCAUUUAUCAGCGGCUAUAGACUCUAAAAAUUAUACGAUGCCGUACAAGACGUAUUUCGGUGGUGUCUGUGCAAUUUCAAAGGAACAUUUUGAAAAGAUCAACGGAUACUCAAAUAUAUAUUUUGACUGGGGUGGAGAGGAUGACGACCUAUUUGAAAGGAUAAAAUUCAGUGAGCUUAAAAUUACGAGAUUGCCUGACACGCUUGGAAGAUACAAAAUGCUGUCCCACCCAAAUGCGAAGCAAAAUCCAGACAAAAAUAUUCUCUUCAAGACCAUGAAGGAAAGAUAUCAUUCAGAUGGGCUGAAUAGUUUGAAAUAUCGUCUGGUAAAAUAUGAACUCAAGCAGCUGUACACUUGGAUUCUAGUCAGUAUCAAUGAGACGGAAGUCAUGGAGAAUGAACCAAUCCACAAAGGCUCAUACUGAAUAAAUUCAGAAGCAAAAUAAUUGUUAAGAAAAACGAAUAGACCCAGCUGAGAAAACCAUAUUGGACCAGUCGCUAGGUUUUCCCAGCUGAGUACGAGUCCAAAUAUAUCUCGUAUUGUACAGUACAAUGUUAAAUAACCUUUUUAUUCUAUAUCUAUUUUAUGAAUAUACUGCCUUUUCUGAUUUCAAGACGCAUACAUAGAGCGCCUACUUCACCCGAUUUACAUUUGGAACAUUUUCGCGCGUUUCGGGCUUUAUCGUAUGUUUAACAUGGGACUGUUGAACCGUCCAAAUACGGAAAAAUACAGGGUUGUUUUUGUACGCACGUGCGUCCAAUACGGUAAUAUAUUGUACGGUCACGUGUUAUAAAUAAACGUUCCCGAUUGGAUAAACAAAAUAGAUAUAGAAUAACACUAUAUUUCCCGCAGUAGUGGCCGCUGAUAAGCGUACUAUGACAGGUCUAUAUCUGCAUGUAGUUCUCGUGUAACAUUAUCGCUUUCGCAUUAACCGUUAAUAAAUAGGCUAUCGAUAGUAUAAAUCCCGCACGAUAACUCAAACGAUAACAUGUUUGAUAAUAAUGAUUUUUCUUCAUUAAAACGUUUCAAUACAGAAACUUUUUUUGUAUAACAUUACAGUAUGCAUUGUACAGUAAUGUAUGUAUCAAAAAACUUCUUCAAAAAUCUAGAACAAAUAAUCAAUUCAUAU